CUUUCUCGCGGCGACUGCGAAGGGGGCCGUGACGGGCCGGACCAGAUCAGACCGGACCCCGGGGGCGAUGCGGCUGCUGCCCCUGCUGCGGACUGUCCUCUGGGCCGCGUUCCUCGGCUCCUCUCUGCGAGGGGGCUCCGGCCUCCGCCACGCCGUCUACUGGAACUCCAGUAACCCCAGGCUGCUUCGAGGAGACGCCGUGGUGAAUCUGCACCUCAACGAUUACUUAGACAUCUUCUGCCCACACUAUGAGGGUCCAGGGCCCCCCGAGGGCCCCGAGACGUUUGCUUUAUACAUGGUGGACCGGCCGGGCUAUGAGGCCUGCCGAGCAGAGGGGGCAGGGGCCUUCAAGCGCUGGGUGUGCUCCUUCCCCUUCGCUCCCUUUGGCCCUGUUCCGUUCUCAGAGAAGAUUCAGCGCUUCACACCCUUCUCCCUUGGCUUCGAGUUCUUGCCCGGAGAGACCUACUAUUACAUCUCAGUGCCAACUCCGGAGAGUUCUGGCCAGUGCUUGAGGCUCCAGGUGUCUGUCUGCUGCAAGGAGAGCAAGUCCGAGUCAGCCCAUCCUGUUGGGAGCCCUGGAGACAGUGGCACAUCAGGGUGGCAAGGGGGGGGCACUCCCAGCCCCCUCUGUCUCUUGCUGCUGCUGCUCCCCAUUCUGCGUCUCCUGAGAGUUCUCUGAGCCAAGCGGACCCUUCCUGCCACCCUCAGGAGCCAGAGCCCUCCCAAGACUCCCUGGAAGAGGGGCCCCUGCUACCUGAGCUGGGAAUGCCAAGCCAGACAGAUUAAGAUGGAAGAGUGAUGGGGGCGGUCAGAGGGUCUGAGGUGCCAACCCCCUCAUCACAGGCUGAAGAGGAGCUGCAGGGGAGACAGCCCUGGCCACCCUUGAGCAGAAGCAAGACAACCAUAGGGUCUCUGUUGGCUGCUUUGAUGGUGUCAUCCCAUCCACCAAGAAGACUGGGAUUUGGUGGGAUCAAAUCCUUGAGCCUGCUGGAGGCCAAGGCUGAAGACCUGGGGACAGGUCGAUUGCUAGACCAGGGCAAGGAAGAAGCUGAGGCCUGCUGUCUGUGCCCAGUGCCCUGUGGGCCUCUUCCCUGGUGCAGCACCUUUCCCUCCCCAGGGGGUCACUCAGUUGUCUUCUGUGAAGAUGGACUUGCCAUGUGGUUGAAUUUCAUGCCAGUUUGUAUUUUUAUAAGUGUCUGGACCAAACCUUCAAUAAACCACCCAUCUUUUUCUUGCU